AAGUGGAGUGCAUGAACUGAACCACUCAGCCAUGGGACUGGCCCUCUUAUUUAAAUUUUCAUAAUCAUUUGUCAACUCAGAAAGGAUAUAUUAUUCCUAAAGUCAUUAGCUAACUCCUAACUCAGUCUCUCAACAUUAUUACUCUAUUUUUCUACUUGUCUAUUUGAAAAUUGUUAAUUUCUUUUGUACAUAAAAUAGUUUUCGUAAUCAUCAUUAAUUGCAACAUUUUGCCCUUGCAUUAAUGUACAUUUGUACUUCAUCUAGUUGAUAAAAUUUAAAUAUAUAAAGCGCACACGGAGAUUCUCAUUCUAAGUUUUAUCUAAAACACCAUCUUAACUUGGAAAAUGAAUAUUCAGAUACUAAUAGUAAAUCCAAAUGACAUGGCUUUCUGUGACCUUGUUACACUGAUUAGAUAUACUACUACCUAAUGAUCAUGUAAUCCCUGCUCAUGUCACAUUCACGGAUAUCAGAAAUGACUCCAAGUAGGCAGAGGCAGAAUGGAGAAACAUAUUUUAGCAGUGUACUUAAGCCAAAGCCUAAUUUUGGAAUAUCUUUUAAAAAAACGACUCCAAAUCCUAGAGCCCGUGUACCUCAUAUCAUAGGUAAUCUGGUACCAGUUAAUUUGGGAUAUUAGACACUUACAGAAGUAUCGUUUUUGGAUAUUAGUGGGUCACAGGCAAUUUCAUCUGGUUUGUUGUAGAUUCCCCUAACAAGACUUUUUCAACUUUUGUUUUGAUAUCAUGAUACCUAGAAUAUUAUUUUUUGGCUUUCAAAUUCUAAGGAUAGUUUAUUUGCUGAGAUUUGUUUCUGUUGAAUUCCUAGCUUCUCCAACCUACACUGGAGAGCCUAAAUCAAGAGGAUAGAUUGAAAGGGAAUGAAAGUAAACAAAUUUUAGCUUCAUGAGAUACCCAAGAUAGUAAAUGAAAUAUAAAAAAGAAUAAUUUUUAAAAUAUAGUCCCCCCAAAAACUGUGGCAAGCUAAUUCACAGUUUUGUUUUAUUCGUGUAAUGUCUGUUUGUCUGCUUAUGGCACAAAGGCUGUGUGAGGAAUGGUAUGGUUUUCCUUCAUGAUGGUAAAAACAUACAAGUUUAAGAAUAUGUUUAAAAAUUCUUAAUUUCUUAGAUUAAUAUACAGCAAUUCUCUCUUCUAUCUGGUCUUGGAUAAGGGCAGGGAAUUACGCAUUAAUAGAUAUUUUAUUAUCAGAAACUAUUGUAAAUAUUUGCAAAGGAACUCUGUAAAUGAAAUACAUGGCAUGCCUUCCUGUCUUACCAAGUAAACUUGUUGCUAAUUUAUCCUUUUCUUAGUUACCCUGGAUCGUCAUGGACGUCUAUUGUCACUAUAAUCACUAUGAACUAGAAGAUGGUGAAUUAGAAGAUGGUGAAAUAGAUGAUGCAGCAUUUGAAGAAACACAAGAACAGGAAGCAAAAGAGGAUGAAAAGCAGAAAAAUGAGAAAGCCUACAGAAAAUCAAGGAAGAAACACAAGAAAGAAAGAGAGAAGAAAAAAUCCAAAAGGAGAAAACGUGAGAAACAUAAGCAUAAUUCUCCAUCUAGUGAUGAUAGUUCAGACUACAGCCUUGAUUCAGAUGUUGAACAUACAGAAAGUUCCCACAAGAAAAGAACUGGUUUCUACAGGGAUUAUGACAUUCCAUUUCCUCAGCGUGGACAUAUAUCAGGAAGUUACAUAACAUCAAAGAAGAGUCAACAUAACAAAAAAUUUAAAAGUAAAGAAUAUGAUGAGUACAGUACCUACAGUGAUGACAACUUCGGUAACUACAGUGAUGACAAUUUUGGUAACUAUGGUCAGGAAACAGAGGAAGAUUUUGCCAGUCAGCUGAAACAAUACAGACAAGCUAAAGAAACCUCAAAUACUGCUUUAGGAUCAUCAUUUUCUAAAGAAUCAGGGAAAAAACAAAGAAUGAAGGGAGUUCAGCAAGGUAUUGACCAGAGGGUUAAAAGUUUUAAUGUUUGUCGUGGACGUGGUUUGCCGAAGAAAAUCAAACGCAAGGACCGUGGAGGAAGAGCCAAUAAAGGUCCUAAUGCCUUUUCAGGAAUGGAUGACUUUCAAGAGUAUAGUAAACCAGGGAAAAAAUGGAAAGUUAUGACUCAGGAAUUUAUUAAUCAGCACACAGUGGAACACAAAGGAAAACAAAUCUGUAAAUACUUUCUGGAAGGGAGAUGUAUUAAGGGAGAUCAGUGUAAAUUUGAUCAUGAUGCAGAGUUGGAGAAGAGAAAAGAGAUCUGCAAAUUUUAUUUACAAGGAUAUUGUACCAAAGGAGAGAACUGCAUUUAUAUGCAUAAUGAAUUUCCAUGCAAGUUCUAUCAUAGUGGAGCAAAAUGUUACCAAGGAGACAACUGUAAAUUUUCACAUGAUGAUCUGACUAAAGAAACAAAGAAACUUUUGGACAAAGUGUUGAAUACUGAAGACGAACCAACAAAUGAAGAUGAGAGAGAAUUAGAAGAACUUAGAAAGCGUGGUAUAACUCCUCUUCCCAAACCUCCUCCAGGAGUUGGGCUUCUGCCAACCCCACCAGAGCAUUUUCCGUUUUCUGAUCCUGAAGAUGAUUUUCAGACUGAUCUCUCUGAUGAUUUCAAGAAAAUUCCAUCUCUUUUUGAAAUAGUUGUAAAACCUACUGUGGAUUUAGCACAUAAGAUAGGGAAGAAGCCACCAGCAUUUUAUAACAGUGCCUCACCACCAGGACCACAAUUUCAGGAAAGCAGCCCACAUCCUCAACAUAUCUAUAGUUCUGGGUCAAGUCCGGGUCCUGGACCUAAUAUGUCUCAGGGACACAAUAGUCCUGUGAUGCACGCAGGCUCCCCUGGACAUCAUCCAUGUGCAGGACUUCCUGGUCUGCCAAUGCCACAGAGCCCACCUUUGCCACCUGGUCCACCUGGAAUUGUAGGCCCUCACAGUCAAGCUGGAGUACUUGUUCAACCAGAUACACCUUUGACACCACCAAGUAUGAGUGGUACUUACCAUUGCCCGGGCUUUCCAGAACACAUAAUGAAAGUACCUAGAGAGAAUCACUGUUCUCCAGGUUCAUCACACCUGCAAAAUCCUGGUGAAAUGCAGCUCACUGAUUAUGAGUCCCUACAAAACCCAACUGAAUUUUAUGAUAAUUACUAUUCACAGCAUGCUGUACAUAAUUUUCAGCCUCCCAAUAACUCUGGUGAUGGGAUGUGGCCUAGUGAAUUUGCCCAGCAUCAGCCUCCCGUUGUUCAAGACUCACCUAACCGUGGGAGUGGGUCAGACAGCAGCAGCAACCUAACAGGCCACGGUCCCCUGCCUGCACCAGGUCUUCUCCCUGCAGUGCAGAGAGCUCUUUUUGUCAGACUUACUCAGAAAUACCAAGAAGGUGAAGAACCAAGCGGCACCCAACCUCAAAGGGUGCCAAGCAAGGAAGAAGAUGAUACUGUUAACUGGUAUUCCAGUAGUGAAGAGGAAGAAGGAAGCAGUGUCAAGUCAAUACUGAAAACAUUACAGAAACAAACAGAAACUUUAAGGACUCAGCAACAACCUUCCUCAGAACUCAGCCCUCCUACUGAUCCAAGACUUGCUAAAGAGAAAAGUAAAGGAAAUCAAGUUGUUGACCCUAGACUUAGGACUAUCUCAAGGCAAGACAUUAGAAAAUCUUCUGAGUCUACCCCACUGGAUCUUAGACUUGCAUGGGAUCCCAGGAAAUUAAGAGGGAAUGGAAGUGGUCACGUAGGCUCUUCUGUUGGUGGAGCAAAAUUUGAUUUACAUCAUGCCAGUGCUGGCACUAAUGCCAAACACAAGAGAGGAGAUGACGAUGAUGAAGAUACAGAAAGAGAACUGAGGGAAAAAGCUUUCUUAAUACCUUUGGAUUCUUCCCCUGGUAUGAUGCUCCAGGAUCCAAGGUCACAAUUGAGACAGUUCAGUCACAUUAAAAUGGAUAUUACCCUAACUAAACCCAACUUUGCAAAACACAUUGUAUGGGCUCCAGAAGACUUACUUCCAGUCCCUUUACCUAAACCUGACCCAGUGUCUUCAAUCAAUUUACCUCUACCCCCUCUGAUAGCUGACCAGAGGCUCAAUAGGUUAUGGAAUACAAAAAGCGACCUUCAUCAAAACACAGUGCCCACUGAUUCAAAAUUAGCAGCCAAAGCCAAAAUUAACACAACAAACAGAGAAGCCUACCUAGAACAAUUUGGAGACUUACAUAGUUCGGGAAGUAAAUUAGGAGAUCCUAGGCUGCAAAAAAAUUUUGAUCCUAGACUUCACAGACUGCAUAAUGCAGAGUCUCAUCAAGCAGUUAUGAAGGAUUCACAUACAUCAAAGAGUGCCCCUCAUUUAGCCAGAGCAAACCCUGGUUCAUCACAGCCCUCAAGGGCAGUAACUAGCAAUUCUGGUCCUGGGGUUUUGCCUCCAUAUGCUCCUAAGCUCUCAUCUUCAGCUGGCCUUCUACUGGGAACUCCGAGUUCAGUUCUUAGUGGUAUCAGUUUGUAUGACCCUAGGGAGCAUAUUUCAUCAUCAACAUCAGAACUAGCCUCAGAAAACACAGAGAACCAGAAAAAAAGUGGUAGUUUAAAAAGUAGUGAUAAAAACGAGGCUUCUGGAGAAGGAAUCCUGCCACAGAAAACCACUCCAAACGUGGACGUCACUGCUGAUGGGCCAGCUGACCCACAGGCAGAUAGUCUCCCGAGUUCUGGUAUGGUUCAGGUCCCAGCAGUGCACAGUCUUCCAAUUCAGGCACUCACAGGCUUAAUUAGACCCCAGUACAGUGAUCCAAGGCAGUCAAGGCAGCAGGGACAGGUGAGCCCCACCCCUGAUGAUGAUCCCAGUAGAGAAACAGAUGACAAAUCUCUAAAAGAGGUCUUUAAAACUUUUGAUCCAACUGCUUCACCAUUUUGUUAGCUAUUGUGUAAUUAAGCUAUUCUUUUCACUCUUGUGACUAUUGCAGUCCUCUGCUGUUUUGUAACUGGUUUACCUCUAUAGUUUAUUUAUUUUUAAAUUAUGAACACUUUUCAGCUGCUAGUAUCAGAACCACGUGAAAUUAUAUCCUCUGAAGCCUGUGGUAUUUUAUAUAAUAUUUUUAUAACUUUAAGAGACUGUAGUCAUUGACAUAGAAACGAUAUAUCAUGUUAGCUUCAGUAGAAGGACUUUUGUUGUAAAUAAACCAUCAUGAGCUCAACACUCUGCCUGGAUACAUGCCAGUUGUCUUUCAUAAUCAAUGUUUAGAUAAAUGAUUACCACUUUUAUAUGGUUGUUAGUUUCAAGCAAUAUGAUGUACAUUACUUUUGGGAAACAGUAUUUUGACUAGGAUCCUCUCUAUUUGUCAACACAGAACUGAUUAAUAUGUAAUACUAACUGCUAACUAAAAUGUAAAAUGAAGUAAAUCAUUUUUUUUAAUCACAGCAGAGCAAUUCAUGUUUAAGGGCAUCACUUUUAUUAGUAUUGGCAAUAUUAUUUGUGUAAAUGAAGCAUUUGAAUGUCCUAUCUUUGAAAAGUAUUUUAUUGUAUACUGUAUCAUAGAAGUUGGAGAUAUAUAAAUAGACUGUUUUACUAAACUGAAAAAUUCCCAAGUUCUCUAACAUAACUUUUUAAAUUUAAUUUUUCAUAUUAAAUAGUUAUGAGUUACUGCUCUGUUACAUUGUGGUGUUUGUGUGUUUCAGUGUUUUUUGUCUUUAGCAGCAUAAUUUAUAUUACUUUUUCAAAUGAUGUAGCUGCAGUAAUUGUAUUCAUCAUGACUUUGGCAAUUUUUAACACAAUUUUACAAGAUCCAGUGAGAGUCUGUAGUGAUUAUUGAAUUGAUAGUUUUCUAAAUGUCCAGGUUCUAUAUUUUUUCGUAAAUAGCAAGAAAACACAGAUUGCAGGUAGAGUCAAGUGUAUAUGACUAUGAAUAAGACUCUCAGCUCUCACCUGACUAGCAUUCUGUAACAGAGGAAACUGCCUGGUGUUUUAAGUAUUUAAUGUCCUCAUAGUUUGGAAAUUCCCUACAUUGGUUAGCAGUUGUAUUUUUAUGAAAAAUAAUUUGUACUCAUUCUUGUGUAUUUAUUGCAGUAUAUAAAUAAUCGCAGCCCUACUUGUUUUUUACCUACAUUAUUUAUAACUGAAACUAAGUAUUACACUGUAUUCAUAUCUUGAACUGGUGGUAUAUGACAGUGUUUGCUGGUAACAACUCCAGUAACUAACUCGGAAAGAAACAUUUCAUUAUAUAAGAUAAUGAAAGUAGAGGAAAUCGGUCCUUGGAUGAAAACAGCUAUCCUUUAGAAGUGAUUUUAAAAAUAUACAGCAGGAUAUUUCUGUGUGAACCUAACACUCAGAUAGCAUGUGGUUUAAUAUUAAUACAUAUCCUUUCUAUGCGCUUCUUCACUGUUUACUUUCUUUUUGCCUCUGAUUCCAUGCUAAAAUGGAGUUAACAGUUAAGUGAACAAGAACUCUGCCUACCUGAGAAGUUCAUUGUGUUCUAAGUGGAAAGACAGUUGUUGAAGGGAAUGGGAAUUCCUACUGUUUAUACUUUGGUUACAUUGUUGCCUAAAAUGACUCUGGGUAACAUUUUUGGGUUAAAAAUGCAGUUUAAAGCCACCAUAGAAAGUAUUUUCAGACUUACUGUCCAACGAACUUUAUUGUUAAAUGAAAAGUCAAUAAAAUGGAUAAAACUGACAGAAAAAAAUAUAUAUGUGUGUGUAUACAUAUAUACACACACUUAUAUUCCAGUAUAAUAUUCCUUUAUCAGGAUAAAUCAGUAAUACUGCUAAAUUUUAGUAAUUAAAUAGAAAUUUUUAGCAAAUAUUUAAUUUACUCGUAUUUUAUAAUUAUUGUGUUAAGUAAUGCUGUUUACUUUUAAAUAUCAUACAGAAAAAGAUAAUUUGGCUUGUUAAAGACCAAAAUGGAAUCUAAAUUCUUAACAGAAGAUCUUUUUUACUACUAAAAGAGAUGUUAAAAGAUUAAUUUAAAAGUAAGGUUUAAAAACUGUUAAUGUAAAUUAUAAUGUUCAUUUACUCAGUAUUCUUGAGCUCCUGUUACAUCAGCUAGUGUCCUAAAGGCUAUUUUACAAAAAAGGUUGAACUUGCUUUCAAAUUUAACAAUAUAUCUUAUAUAAAAAUAUUUAUGUUUAAAA